AUGAGCUUCAACAACGACUUCGCCCAGCAGGGCCAGCCGACUGGCGAACAGGCUGGCGGUUUCGCGCCCCAGGCCGACCUUGGACAGCCCAUGGAUACAUCUGCGCCUGGUUUCCCCGCCGGAAACAUCGGCGGUCCUACUGGAACCCCGCAAGACGGACAGCAGGACGGAAAUAACAAGACAACCCUCUGGAUGGGGGAACUCGAGCCAUGGAUCGACGAGAACUUCGUGCGCAGCAUCUGGUACAACAUGGGCGAGCAGGUCAACGUGAAGAUGAUUCGCGACAAGUUCUCUGGCUCCAAUGCCGGCUACUGCUUCGUCGACUUCUCCAGCGCUCAAGCUGCGUCCAAGGCCCUUGCGCUCAAUGGACAGCUGAUCCCGAACUCGAACCGCCCGUUCAAGCUGAACUGGGCUUCUGGUGGUGGUCUCGCUGAUCGAAGCCCCAGCCGCGAUGACCGCGGUCCGGAGUAUAGCAUCUUCGUUGGCGACCUGGGCCCUGAGGUGAACGAGUUUGUCCUCGUACAACUGUUUCAAAACAAGUACCAGAGCUGCAAGUCUGCUAAGAUCAUGUCCGACCCCAUCAGCGGCAUGUCGCGCGGCUAUGGAUUCGUUCGUUUCACCGACGAAGCCGAUCAACAGAAGGCCCUCACUGAGAUGCAAGGCGUCUACUGCGGCAACCGACCCAUGCGCAUCAGCACUGCCACCCCGAAGAACAAGAGCGGCGGUCCUGGUGGCCCCGCUAUGGGUGGCAUGCCACCUGGCGGCGGGCCUUUAGGUAUGUACUCCAUGGGUGCACCCCCACAGAUGGGAGGCGGUGGCGGCGGCGGUGGCGGCUACUACGGUGCUCCCCAGCCCAUGAACCAGUUCACCGAUCCGAACAACACCACUGUCUUCGUUGGUGGUCUAAGUGGCUACGUCACCGAAGAUGAGCUUCGUUCUUUCUUCCAGGGCUUCGGAGAGAUCACCUACGUCAAGAUUCCUCCCGGCAAGGGCUGUGGCUUCGUACAGUUCGUGCAGCGUCACGCCGCCGAGAUGGCCAUCAACCAGAUGCAAGGAUAUCCGAUCGGCAACUCUCGCGUUCGACUUAGCUGGGGACGCAGCCAGAACAACUCUGGCCCCGCAGGCACCCUUACCGCCCCGCGCCGCCGCCCCCUGUCUACCCGCAGAUGGGUAUGGCGCCCCAACAUCCUUACGGCAACUUUGCUCCUAUGA